GGCGCGGGCCCGAUGGAGCGGGCCGGGGCGCGGGGGCUGCGCGGCGGCGGCGGCCGGCCGGGGCUCCGGCUCGCGCUCGGGCUGGCGCUGCUGCUGGCGCGGCCGCCGUCGGGCCGCGCGGGCGCCCCCGAGGCGCAGGAGCCCGCGGCGCCCGGCACGGCGGCCCCGGCCGGGGGCGACCGCUGCCGGGGCUACUACGACGUGAUGGGCCAGUGGGACCCGCCCUUCAACUGCAGCUCGGGCGCCUACAGCUUCUGCUGCGGCACGUGCGGCUACCGCUUCUGCUGCCACGACGGACCCCGGCGCCUGGACCAGAGCCGCUGCUCCAACUACGACACGCCGGCCUGGGUGCAGACGGGCCGGCCACCCGCGCGUGCCCGCGACGCCGCCGCGCCCCGGGACCCGGGCCGCGAGCGCAGCCACACGGCCGUCUACGCGGUGUGCGGCGUCGCCGCGCUGCUCGUGCUGGCCGGCAUCGGGGCGCGCCUGGGCCUGGAGAGGGCGCACAGCCCGCGCGCGCGGCGCACCGUCACCAGGACACUGACAGAACUUCUGAAGCAGCCGGACCCCCAGGAGCCGCUGCCUCCACCUCUGGGCCCACCUCUGGGUAGCUGUGUCCAGGUGCAGAUGGGGGAUGGCCUCCCCAGGGGCUCCCCCAAGAACACAGGUGUGCAAGCUGGUGGGCCAGCAUAUGUCGAUCCACAGCACAGGCCUGGGAGCAGAGGAAGGGGUGUGUUGAGGGACAAGAAACGCCCCAACAACGUGCCCCUGGGGUCAGCGACACCAGGACCCCUGCGUGGCCCCAGGCUGCAGGACGGCGGCAGCAUGACGCUGCAGCGGGACUACGCCAAGUACGCCACCCUCAAGGCAGCCGCGCUCAAGGCCGCAGAAGCCACCCCGCCGGACUUCUACCAGCGGUUCCCCGCGACCGAACCUGCCCCGCUGACCGUCCCGGCGCGGCCCCAGCGGCCCCGCGAGGACUUGCCGGCGCUGCUCGACGCCUGCCCCUGGGCCCCGCCGGGCUACGCGCCCCCCGCCGGCCUUGCUCCUUCGGGCCACUACAAGGCCUGGAUCGCCGGCCGCCUGGCCCGGCCCGCCCCCCGCGGCCACCUGGCGGCUCAGGCCUCCCCCGCACCCCGGCGGCCCGGCCACGCGCCCCGGCGCCAGUUCAGCGUGGAGAAGCCGCCCGAGGCCUUCGGCCCGCAGCCCCCUGGACUUUACGGCAGUGCAGGCCGCGGGCCCCGGCACCUGAGCACCAACAGCAAAGCUGAGGUCACCGUGUGAAGACAGCCGCUGGUUCUCCCGAAUCAUCGCAAUCUCCGGGGCGCCCUCAUCUGCCUGGAGGCCGCCGUGGGCCGGUUCCCGGGGCCCAUACCGUGGGGGAGGAGAGGCGCCGGCCGUGGAAGGCCAGCCUGCCCUUAUGCCUGCCCAAACUGGACUGGGGCCUUGGAGCCUGCAGGGCUAAGAAGGGGCCCACUGGGUGAGGCCAGUGGUUCUGUCCUUGGGGCCUUAGGGCCAGGGUUCCUCGUGUAAAUAUAAAGCCUUUUCUGUGGCUCCCAUCCCUGAGAAUAAAGGAGCCCCAGCUUGGCUCUGAGAGGCA